CGUUAAUGUGCGACCGCUUCGAAAAAUUUGCUCGAAAAUUUUGAACGGGGAUUCACAAUUCGGAGUCCCCAUCUCGAUCUUGUCGAUCUUUUCGUUCAGAAGAAUAUUUCUGCAUCACCAACCAAUACACAAAAUAUACAAGAAUCAGUGACCGGGACACCAACUCCACUUGAGAUCGAUAUGUCGGGCACCAUUCUUGAAAAUCUUAGUGGAUUGAAGCUCUCCAUAUUGGUGGCUAGUCUGCUGCUUUGCCAAGUUUUCUGCUUCCUGCUGGGUUGGCUGUACGUCCCCACCCCUGCCGGACAUGUGACCGUACUGGGAUCUCUGUGCCGCGAGGACCACACCCGCCAGAAUGACACCAGCUUCAUGCUCUACUCCCGCGGAGCCGGCGCCUGCAUUCCUGUCAGUCGUGAGGAGAUGGAGCGGGACCCCAUGAAGAUGGCCAACGAACUGGUGCACGUUUUCCAAAUGCCGUUGCCCCGGGACUUGAGGGACCUGGAGUAUUCUCGAUGGCAGCAGAAUCUCAUCGGUGUUCUUCAAGUGGAGAUCGGGCGCGAUUCCACGUGGGAUCUGCACGAACUACACAAGGAACUGCAGCUAACCAUCGACAUGAGACUGGCGUACCGCAAUAAGGGAGAUCCCGAUCAGGCUUGGAAACUCUACGCCCAUGGAGUAGAGCAGCGUUAUCUGGACUGCGAUGUCGCAUACGUUGGAUCCACGGAGACGCUCUAUUCCUGCGACAUGAUUCCCCUAUUCGAACUGGGCGAUCUGCACCACAGCUUCUAUCUACUCAAUCUGCGCUUCCCAUUGGAUACACCUCGGCAGAUGAAUUUGCAAUUCGGACACACCCACGAUCUGACCCUAACGGCGAUCCAUCAGAACGGCGGCUUCACACAAAUCUGGCUGAUGCUUAAGACAGUGCUCUUCCCCUUCGUGGUGGGAAUAAUGAUUUGGUUCUGGCGCCGAGUGCAUUUGCUUCAGCGUGCGCCUGCUCUUCUGGAGUACAUGCUGAUCUACCUGGGAGGCGCUUUGACAUUCCUUAACUUGCCACUGGAGUACCUGUCGCUGGCCGUGGAGAUGCCAUACAUGCUACUUUUGAGCGAUAUCCGUCAGGGAAUCUUUUAUGCUAUGCUGCUCUCCUUCUGGCUGGUUUUCGCCGGAGAGCAUAUGCUCAUCCAGGACGCACCCAAUAAAUCUACCAUCCGGUCUCGCUAUUGGAAACACCUUUCGGCCGUUGUUGUGGGCUGUAUUUCCCUGUUCGUCUUUGACAUCUGCGAAAGGGGCGUACAGUUGCGCAAUCCCUUCUACUCCAUUUGGACUACGCCGCUUGGUGCCAAAGUAGCCAUGACAUUCAUUGCCCUAGCCGGAGUUUUAGCAGCAAUUUACUUCCUCUUCCUUUGCUACAUGAUCUGGAAGGCGUUUAGGAAUAUUGGCGACAUACGACGUCUGCACUAUGAGGGCCUCAUCUAUCGCUUCAAAUUCUUGAUGCUGGCCACUUUGUUGUGCGCCGCUCUGACUGUUGCCGGAUUUAUAAUGGGACAAAUGGCCGAAGGCCAGUGGCAGUGGAACGACAACGUCGAAAUCCAGCUGACUUCGGCUUUUCUGACUGGCGUCUACGGCAUGUGGAACAUCUACAUCUUUGCACUGCUCAUCCUGUACGCCCCCAGUCACAAGCAAUGGCCAACAAUGAACCACAGCGACGAGACCACGCAGUACAAUGAGAAUAUUAUUGCCUAUGCUGCCAGCAAGGAAAUUGAUGAGAAAAAAUAAACAGUAUUUUUUAUU